UAACACGCGGGUCGUAACGUCCAGAAACACCGUUUGUGGUUAAGAUGCCGGGAAGUAAAUAUGUGAAAUGAGUGGACUGCUAGGGAUUUGAAAGUCGGUGUCAUUCCUGGGGUCUGCAAAAAGUCAACGCCGAGGUAAAUUAUUAUUGCAGGAAUGACUGACUACACAUCAAACGGGCGCGCAAAUAACAUUCGCCCUUUUAAUUAGGUAGCGAUAGAUACGCGUUUAUUAUUUUACCAUACCUGACUUUCGUUCUCUCUUUCUUAAUCCUCCCUAUUGAUCUCUUUUGCGUUCACGAUUACCCGAGGGAUUUCUCUUGUUGUUCCUUGGGAUUUGAUAGUCAUUUUACCAGUAUUCAAAACUCUUUGUCCAGAUUUAGUUUUUGUUUGCGCAGACCAUUACGGCAAAUAGGGAAAGAUUAAACCGAGUACUUCAUCGUUUACAAAAGAAAAUCUGUUUUUCUUUCUCGCGUGGUAAAGAUUUGUAGAUGUUUGACCAUUUUGAAGCUGAAUUUUGAAGAAUAUUCAUGCGGGUCGUUUAAAGGUUUACAGAGAGCGACAAUUUGCGAAAAACUGUAUUUCAACUUUCUGUCGGAAACGUCUCUGAAGCAGCUGGUAUCAAAAACAUGGCGUAAUCAGCUUUAAGUGAAAGUGAUUGUUAUCCGUCAUCACAAAGCAAAAUUUGCAUAGGACUUGUGUACGCUCUGGUUAUGUCAAUAACGAGUCAGCUAUAGGCUUAAAGACUACACUGCAAACGGCUCCAGCAGGUAUGUUCUAAAGUCCGUUCUACCUCAACAAUUGUAGUGUAUCAUUAGAGUUUUUAUGACUAGUUUGGGGAGAGACAGAUCAGUUUCGCUGCCCUGUUUACUGCGGUGUUCUCUUUGUCUUUUGUUAUAAAAUUGGUAAAACGUAAACAAGAAGAAACGGGUUCCUUAUCCCUGUCAGAGGUAACCCUCACACAAGAACUUGAAAUUCCCAGUCUAUGGGUGCGAGAAGCUUCGACCACCAAGAAAUGUCGUUCAUUGCGAUUCAACGGUAAAUUGCACGGGAUCACCUGCAUUCGAUUAUUGUAAAAUUGCUAUUGAUCCCCGUCAUCAGUUGACAGCAAUAGAACACGUUGGAACAAAAGCCAGGGUUGAAAUUCCUUGAUCUUAAAUUGAAAAAAACGCCAGCGACAGUUCCUUUUGCUAAAAUUAUGUUUGAAAAAAGAUGCGAACUGAGGCAAGAGAGUUGGGGCCCGCAAUUACGAAGCUUUCAUGUUAGUUUUCAUGCUUUCAAGGUUCUGUUUACCCCUAUUUGGAAAUCAUUAUUUGUCGAAGUUCAGUUUGUCUAUACAUUUUCCGACAAAUGCAAGUUUACCAUGCAUGGAUAUGGGUGGUUUCCGAGAUCAGUGAAACUUUACACUCACGAACCACUCUCGAGUGUUAUUUUGGUUUCAAACACUUGAGGCGGCCGCUUUCUUAUCUUUGUUUGUUUGGUUGGAAAAUGGAAUUGGAUUUAAACAAAGUGCAAAAGAAGUGGAGAUUUCACGCAAAUAUAUAGUUAUCACUGAUUAAUUUGUGGUUUUUUCCCUCUCAGCUUGUUUUGGUGGAAUCAGGAAAAGCAAUUAACCUCAGCUCACGGGAGGCACGAACAUUGUUUCCUUUGGCGUUCCAGCGAAAUAACAUCGAGAUUAUUGGCCUCAGCAAGUUUCUUGGGCAGAGCCAGGAUUCUAUUUAAACAGAGAACGCAUUUUAUAACUCAUUCAGUUGUACAUGGCGCCUUGGUAAGUCUUGCACUGUGCAGAACGAGAGGUCAGCUGAGGUCGGCGAUCGCUUGAGAGCGCUCUCCUCUCUACACUCGAGCAUGUCAUUUGAGCGAACAAACAGAAGAGUGAUUUCUAAGAACUGAUCUGCGAUCCAUUUUUCGUCUUUUAUUAUCUUCCUCAAAGUCGCGGAAUCAUUUGAAGACUAUUUGAAACCCGACCAGGUAACAAGGUAUUUUUCACUCAAGAAAUGUGGACUCGGUGACAUGAAGAGUUGAUAAUUUCCUCCUGGGACCAUUUAUCAAAUCAUCAUUGGAUUAGACUACUCUGCGUGUUCUUAGAGAUUCACAGCUGUUAACUGCAAACUCUUGGACAUUUAAAAUCGUGACGAUCCGAGGCAUCUACUCUUGGCGUAACUGACCACAAAGAAACGAGCCAAGACCUACCUGGAGAAAAUAUCAGAUCCCUUUAUUAAUAGCAGAGCGACAGGACGAAGAUGUCAAUCUCAUCACUAAACGACACCAUUGCAGAAAACGAAGAGAAAUCUGUUCUUGACACUCCAGAAGACAAAGCCCAGCUCUGUGUUUAUGUGUUAACAUUUCUCUUGGGUUCCGUUGGAAAUGUGCUAGUGUUGUUGGUUGUUCGAAGCAAGAAGAACCGAACAGUCAAUGAUCUGUUCAUUGUGAAUUUGGCCAUCUCCGACCUCCUCAUGAUUGGCUUUCUACCGAUAUACACGGCCAAAAUUCUGGUCAAAUUUCGUCACACUACGGCGUUUUGCAAGAGCAUUUCACCCCUCGCAACCAUGACGUUUUUUGUCAGUGUGUUCACAUUGACAUCCAUGGCAAUACACCGCUGUUAUGUGAUCACAAACCCGUUUAAACCUGAGAUGCUGAAAUGGAAGAUCAUGGUUUGGUUGGUGGGCUUGUGGGUAGCGUCAUUCCUGGCUGUUCUGCCUCUAGUGCUGGUUGCACAAGGAGGGCUACCAGGAACUUAUGACUGCUCUGAAAAUUGGCCUUCGUUGAAGGCCAGGAAGGCUUACACUGCGUGCUUGUUUGUACUGCAGUAUUCACUUCCGUUGGCCAUUAUCACGGCAGCGUAUAUAAGGAUAGCAGUUGACUUACUCAAGUCGAGCACGGAGAGAUAUGGACCAGGACGAAGUCUCAACAACAAUCGACGCGACAGAAACGCGCUCUUGCGUCUCGCACGCAAAGAAGACGUUCAGGUUUUAAAAACAGUAGCAGUGAUCGUAUUAGUGUUUGCAAUUUGCUUGUUGCCAGUCCAGCUUUCUUGGAUGAUGUUAGACUUUGGCGGCGAAAAGGAACGACGCAUUGCCUUGGAGGUGUUUUUCAAGUUUGACGUUCCUCUUUCGAUACUCCACAGUUGCCUAAAUCCUCUGGUCUAUGGAACACUGACGAGACGCUUUAGGAGAGGUUACAUAAAGUACCUCGUGUACGUGUGUCCUUGUUUAAGGAAGCGAUUUUCCAGUUACAAUGCACCUCUGUCUUCUCAUAUCCAUAAUAAUCACGGGUCGAAGCAAAAUGGUUCGGCUUUUAAUCAAAGUGAUGACGAAAAGAUCCCGUUUGGACGAACUAGUUCCGAACGCGACACCAAAAUUACUGAAGUUUAAUGAGUUGGUUGAUCCCCUAGCGAGGAGGUGGUUGCAGGGGUUUCGUUGAAACGUAUUUACAGGAACUUUAGUAACAUUACACUCAUCAAACUUGAAAAGACUAGAUUGUGAGUCGAGUGGCAACCACUUGUUGAUUGAAGAACGUGAAGGAAUGAAACGAUUAUAAUGACCUGAACAUGGUUUUCGUUAAUCUAGGUCCCAGAUAUCUUGUGGACGAAUAUCCUAACGAGCAAAAUGGACUUGACUCAACAAUUGUGUUGUUAAGGGCUCACAUAGUACCGCACACAGUCGAGAUGUGAUUCAGAACGAAUACGUCGCAACUUGAGAGUGGUUGCCCUUGUUUAAAAUCCAAUGUAUAGUUCAACAAGAAAGUAAAACAUCCUCAUUUACACGUAUUUUGGUAUUUACCUAGUUACUAUUUGCAACCCGUCAUCUUUGUUAUGAUAGUAAAAAAGAACUAUUCACGUCCACAAACAUAUAAAAGCAAAGCAAAUUGUUUUGACAACUCCAAUACCAAUUUUAUUUUUCAAAGAUAAAACUAGGGUUGAGAGAAUUACUUUUUAAUGUUAUUCUUCUCUUUAAGGGUUGUUUUUUUACUUGAGAGCACACAUUAAUGACAGUUUUAAGAGUUAAGCUGAAAGUAAGAAUCCAUAUUUUACGAGUUACAUAAAAAAUCAUUUAUUUAUAUACUAGGCUCGUCCAUAAGGAUGACUGCAACUGAACUCGUUUAACACAAGAUUGAUCGUUCUGUAACCUCUCCUUCAGAUAUCUAUCCUUUGUCAAGCAGAAUGGUGAUGAGAAUAAAGAAACUCAUCAAGUAUCGUCUUAUCUAAAAGAAAUGUUUUGCAAUACGAUAAGAGAAUCCCCACUCCGAUCUGGGAAGUUAAAUGGGUUAAUUUGCACUCAUCCUUAGUAAAGAAAUGCGGUUCAAGUUAAAAGGUGCAUUCCUAACUUUCCAAAAAUAAUCACGAAAAUUUUACUUUUGUAAGAUUUGGGUCGUGGAAUGGUUGUUUACCAUUCACAUUGGAAUAUUUUGAAACAACACACACGGCGUUGAUCAAACUGUCAUCUUAACCAGGAUUUUUCCAAUAAAGAUUUAAUCUACACGGUUCAAUUUGUGUUAUCAGAGUGAAAAUCUCCGAUCUCGAAUGAACUUUAAUGAUUAUUGAAGCAAUGCGGUAACUUUAGCCGCUAUCUUUUUUCCGAGGCGAAACACAUGUGCAAAUGAUACGUGCGCCCGACACCGAAACAUCAAAUCUUCAUCCAUGCCCUGGGCCUGACCCUACCCACAACUUUCAUUGUAAAGUUCAACGAGAAAAUGGACCCUCGUUGAUUUCGGAUUAAGCAGAAACUGAGGCAACGUUAUGUAUGCAUACACCGGUUAUUAUAUUAGCCUCAAGCCCAUUCAUAAGUAUAUAAAUAUCUAUUACAAAGAUACAGCCAUACGCUGCCUGAAGUCAUGUCAGUCAGCUUUACCACACAAUUGCCAGAAAAUACAGUGGAAUCCCGCCUUUUCUCGUACCCUAGCUUUCUCGAACCUCCCGAUAACUCGAACCAAAAGUCGUUCCCUCUCCU